CGUGGUUUGUUAUUGUUAUGACGGUACCAAAACACUCGAGGCGGGGGCGGGUUAUAUAAAAACAAGUUUCAAAAUCCUAAGAGACAGACAGAGCUGUACACCCCACUGAACUCGGACUGGAUUCGACCCGACAGUUAAUUACAGACAUCAAGGAUGGAGUUCGGGAGGAGACGAUGCUGCUUUGUUACCGGGGAGGUUGCCAGGGUUACCGGGGUGCUGCUGCUGGCAGUCCUCGUGCUGGGGUGUUUCUGCAGUGUCAGUGCCAGUGAGUUUGUGACGGUCCCACGCUCUGUGAACUGCACUGUGGGAUGGGACUGCAUCCUGAACUGCAGCUUCGACUACAGAGCUGGAGGAGGCUGGGAUGACAAGUCAGAGAUGAAUUGGAGAAAAAAAGAAACAAACGAUCUUGUUCACGGUUACUAUGGCAACGGCGACUGGCUUUCCGACCAGCACCCUCGGUACGUGGGCCGGACCCGCCUGUUUGAUUCUGUGCUGGAGCCGCGCUGGGACGCAUCGCUGCUGCUGAGGAACGUCACGGAGGAAGACGCGGGAUAUUACAACUGUGAAGUUCGCGUUUCUCAACAGUGGGGGACCGGCCGGACUGAGUUAGUCCUGGUUGCAGCUGAACCCACAGAAGCAGGACCGGUUCCAGCGGGGCCCACAGAAGCAGCUGAGCUGAGCCUCCAGUCUGUUACAAUUCUAUAUGUUGCUCUUGUUGGUCUUGUUGCUCUAGUUGCUCUUGUUGUCAUUGUUGCUCUUGUGGUUUGUGUUGUAACAUUAGGUCAGAAUCUGUAUAGGCAUCUUGGUUUUAUUUACAUCAAGGCCAAAGAUGCAGCUCAGAGCGCUCGCUACAGUGCAGCACAGAGAGACAGAUCUGGACAGUCCAGUGCAGGGAGGGACAGUGCAGCAUAGACUGGGACAGAUCAGCACAGUGCAGUGCAGACAGAAACAGAGAGAGAGAGAGAUCAGGACAGUGCAGCACAGACAGGGACAGAGAGAGAGAUCAGGACAGUGCAGCUCAGACAGGGAAAGAUCAGGACAGUGCAGCACAGACCGGGACAGAGAGAGAUCAGUGCAGUGCAGCACAGACAGGGACAGAGAGAGAGAUCAGGACAGUGCAGCACAGACAGGGACAGAGAGAGAGAUCAGGACAGUGCAGCUCAGACAGGGACAGAUCAGGACAGUACAGCACAGACAGGGACAGAGAGAGAUCAGUGCAGUACAGACAGCGACCGAGAGAUCAGGACAAUGCAGCACCGACAGAGAGAGAGAUCAGGACAGUGCAGCACAGACAGGGACAGAGAGAGAUCGGGACAGUGCAGGACAGAUAGGGACAGAUCUUGACAGCGCUGGUUUUUGCUGAAAUAAAUAAAUAUGUUUGAACUUA